AUGUCUAGGUCCGCGUCAUCUAGCCAGAGGAGUCUCUCUUUGACUGAAGAGCUUGAACGAUUGGAACAGUCCAUAACCUUAACUCUUCAGGAAAUCGAUAGCAACUUCAGCAAAGCUCACAGGAUAAUUACCACUAGUAUUUUGCCCUUGGUAGAGCAGUAUGGAGAGCACUCCAAAGCCGUCUGGGAAGCUUCUAUGUUCUGGAAGCAAUUUUUUGAAGCUUCUGCCAACGUGUCUCUGUCAGGAUAUGAAGAACUUGCAAACGAUGAUGAGCCUACAUCGGCUGUCGAGGAGUCCACCGUGAACGACGACACCAUAGUCACGGCUCCUGAUGAGAACGCUACUCCACGGCCUCGAAGUUCUGGCUACGAUGAGUCGACACUUGAAGAGGACAAUGGUGACAUGUCGCUACUCACUGACGAUGGAGCCGGGGAUCUUUCAGGCAGCACUCCUCGCCCGCCAGCCACAAAAACCAUUGUAAGACCACCUGCCCAGUCAUCGACAUCCCAGCCGCGUUUCGCAGGGCUGUCAUCACCAUACGAGGCCAUGAAGCGCGAGAUGAUGCGUGAGGCGGAUGAGCCUCAGGGUGGUGAUUAUGAGGAUGAAGAGUCCUCUGCCUUUGAUGAGUCCGAAUCAGAGCUCAUCUUCCGUCAAAAGACGGCACGCCUGCCAGACAUGUCAAUGUCGCCACAAGCGUUCCUUGCCCGCGUAGCACAGGAUUCGCCAGAGAAAGGUGGCCCUGCCAAAGAUCGCCUGCUACACCGUGUUCUUGAUAAGAACUACCGGCUUCAGGCCACGCCUCACCGUGCCAUGACGCGUGGUACGUCACCGGUGAGAUGGAAGAUUACCGAGAACGAAAAGGCCGGGCCGAGCAGCGGGAAGGGCCCGGAACAGCCAGAGCGCCAGCCCUGGGAAGACAGCCCCAUGUCAAGUCCCGAGAUGGCGCCGCCGACUCUGCGCAGCGCUGUCUUCAUGUCACCCGUCCGCGCCGCACAUCGCACUGGCGGCAAGCUCGAAGCUGUGUCGGCCGGACCCAGAACCCCUGGAGUCAGCGUCCAGACGCCGCAAAUGGGUCGCAAAACACGAGAUGUGUUCCAGACGCAGAUAGGCCAGCAAAAGGACAAGACCCCGGCCAGGGAAAAGGAUGAGAUCACUUGGGAUAGUGAUAGCGACGACGAGCUGUAUGCAGGCAUGAGCCCGCCAAAGACUAUACAGUUUGCUCUUCCUGCGUCUCGUCUUUUACAAACACCAGCUCGAGAAGCCAGCAAACGUAUUGUGGAGGACAUACUCCUUACAGCUGGCGCUGCCCCUGACGAGUCUUCCGAAUAUAGCCCAACAAUAGUCAAGAUGAACGCCAACAUCCUGGACGAUUCUUUUUGA